GAACAAAGUAACAAAAAAAACCCCUUAGAAACAGAGGAAUCAUGAUGAGAGACAAAAUUAUACAGAGACGUGGAGAUGGCUGUAACGUUGUCUCAUCCAUCAUCAUGUCUUGUCCUUCUCCUCCUUCUCUUUUCCGGUCAUCCCUCCGCCUCCGGGACCUCUAUCCCCGACAUGGUGAACACGGCGGCGCGUGUGUUAAACAGAGCGAGAAGAGCAAAACUUGCGAAAGAAUUUCUACAAGCGCACAACGAUGCACGUGUUUCUUCAGGCGUGCCAACUCUCGAAUGGGACAGAGACCUGGCCCGAUUCGCUGAUAAAUGGGCUAAACAACGUAAGCCCGAUUGCAGCAUGAUACAUUCAGGUGGGCCUUACGGCGAGAAUAUUUUCUGGUACCGGCGUAAGAAGAAGUGGUCGUCGGAGAAAGUGGUGACGAGAUGGUUUGAGGAAAGGUUUAACUACGACGUGAAAACAAACACGUGCGCAUCAGGAAAGAUGUGCGGCCAUUACACGCAGAUGGUGUGGAGAGCCACCACAGCCGUUGGAUGCGCACGUGUGAAAUGCAACAACGGUCGUGGCUAUCUUGUGGUGUGUGAAUAUGACCCACGUGGGAAUUACGAAGAAUGCACGGCAGAAGCCUCCGCUGCUAAAGCCUUAAAGCUCCGAUCGGUCCAGUCCCAGUUCAUGUCCAAUCACCAUCGAAAGAUUUACACACAGGAAGCAAUUCAAUUAAGCGCGAAGCUUCUAGCAAUCAAUCCGGAGGCCUACACGGCUUGGAACUAUCGGAAGCUCGCCGUCGAGGAUAACCUUUCUCGAAUCGACGACUCUGAUCCAAGCUUGGUUAAAUCAAUUCUCAAUGAAGAACUUGAAGUCGUAGCAAUUGCUCUUAGGCGAAAUCUCAAGUCCUAUGGGGCUUGGUAUCAUCGAAAGUGGGUUUUGAGUAAAGGACAUUCCUCAUUAGAAAAAGGAAUGCAACUUUUGAAUAAAUAUCAAAAGCUCGAUCUCAGGAACUUUCACGCUUGGAACUAUCGCAGGUUUGUUGUGGAGCUAACCAAGACGUCACCACAUGAUGAGUUGCACUAUACAACUGAUAUGAUCAAUGAUGUUAGUUUCAGCAACUAUUCUGCCUGGCACAAUCGUAGUGUACUUCUUUCAAGUUUGGUCGCAAAAAAGGCUGAUGGGUUUAUGUCAAGGGAAACGAUUCGUCGUGAAUUAGAUUAUGUACAUAAUGCUAUUUUUACGGACGAAGAUGACCAAAGUGCCUGGUUUUAUUAUCUUUGGCUUCUUGAUCAAACUGUUAAAAUGGAGACUCCUCUUCGCACUUCCUCUUGGCCUUCAGAUGGUUCCAUUGUCAUUCUAUCUGGACCUGGGUGCUUCAAUGGCUCUUCUUCUAAGUUCACUACUCUCUGUUCCGAGUCUGGUUCUUUUCCACUGAUUCUUUACUUUGACCAAGCCGUCAGUGGAGUAAGCUCGUCUACUGUUACUAUCGAUUCUGAACUAAAAGGAAAUCAGGACCUUGUUUGGGAACCAGUUUCGGAUAAAAACUCUCAACUGUCUUGUGUAUGGGUUGCUCGUCUGAAAUUUGACAGUACUGAACCUUGUUUUCGCAAGGAAAACAAAGUGAAGGUCAGCCUUGGGAAGUCUCAAGGAAUUGUUUCUUCCAGGGGAUGUAACUUGAGCGCUCCUUAUGAGUUUGUAUUUACAGUGCAUAUUCAUGACACCGUCGGAGAGCCACAAGAAGGCAUUGUUUCAUGGACGGAUGGUUUUGACAAUUGGGAUGCACAGUCAAAGGAUUUGAAGUCUCUUAUCACCUUGGACCAGUUAAACGCUGAUACGGGUUUUGAGUGGCGUAAGCAAGCUAUAAAGACAGAGAUUGAAUGUUUUCGUGAUUUGCCUGACAGCAAAUUUGGAAAGCUCAUUCUUGCAAGGCUUUUGAUGGCUGAGGAAACUAUGAUCUCGGAUGAUGCUGUUAAGGGUGUCCACUAUAAAGAAAUCCUCCAGCUGUAUAACGAUCUGAUGGCCCUUAAUUCUUCGCAUGACCAGUACUACAAGGAUGAGCACAGCGUAGCUUUUCUCCACAAGGUGACUUCAAGCACCGAAUCCCUGUCCAGACACCUCUUUCGGUACAGAAAUAUGAACAAUAUUGUAUGUCUAAGGCUCAAUAACUUAACACUAUCUCGGAUAGCCGCUGUCGAGAAGUUGCUAUUUGUCCAAAUGUUAGAUCUCAGUAACAAUGAGCUUCAUUCCGCUGAAGGAUUGGAGGCGAUGCAGCUUCUCUGUUGCCUAAAUCUGAGUCACAACAGAAUCAGGAGCUUUUCAGCCCUUGACUCCCUAAGACAUCUGAAGCAGCUUAGAGUGUUGGAUGUUUCACAUAACGACAUGGGCGGCAAGCACCCAGUGGACACAACAAGGUACCUUUGUUCUUGGCCGCUCUCUAAUUCGGGUGAAAUUGGAAGAGAGGUGCCUGGUAAAUACUGGGAUGCGUAUUUGGUGCUUAGAGAUUUGAGGAAACUGAAGCAGUUAGAUAUAAUAAGAGGCAACGACCUAAUUGCAGGGGAAGAGUUCAGCUCCUUUGUCCGCCAGGUUGUUCCAAAGCUUGUAUGGCUUGAUGGCCACAAACUCGCUAGUUAAAAUAUAAAUGUUAGGCCACUUC